UUAUUAUAAUUAAUUAUAAUUGUGGUUGAUGAUGACACUUAUCAUUUCCUCAUCUUAUAUAAAUACCCUUAAUUUCUCCACAAUCUUGUACUUAAUCAAAUUAGCUUAAUUAAGGUUAUAUUCAUCCAUAACCACUCUUCUUUUAAGCAACUGUAGUUAGUAUGGGAUCAACUGAUUUAAUGAACGGAAUUUCACCGGUGCCGUUGACGAUAAAUGAUAAAGUUUAUGUAACAAUAAGGAACUACGACAGGGAAAUCGAUAAAUCUCGUGUAGAAGAUCUCGAGCGAAGGUGUGAAGUUGGUUCUGCAGAUAGCAUGUUUCAUCUCUUCACAGACACCAUGGGAGACCCCAUCUGCAGGAUAAAGAACAGCCCACUCUACAAAAUGCUGGUGGCAGAGUUGGAUAAUGAGCUUGUUGGUGUUAUUCAAGGAUCUAUAAAGACUGUAACAGUGAGUAGCUGCAACCAAAUAAUUGUAGGCUACAUCUUGGGUCUUAGAGUAUCACCUGUUCAUAGACGAAAACGCAUUGCUUUGAGUCUCGUUCGAAGUGUAGAAGAAUGGUUCAUCACCAAUCACGUUGAUUUCGCGUACAUGGCCACCGAGAAAAACAACGAAGCCUCAGUUAAGCUCUUCAUGGACAAACUUGGGUUUAUCGAAUUCAGAAAUCUAUCGAUAUUAGUCAAUCCAGUUCGCCACUGGGUCAUAAACUUACCAACCAGUGUUGAAAUCAUGAAGCUGAAAGUAGAACAGGCGGAGCUUCUCUACGGGAGAUUCGUCGCGUCAACUGAUUUCUUGCCUCAUGACAUUGAUACAAUCCUUAAGAACAAACUCAGUUUAGGUACAUGGAUAGCUUUUCCUAGAGGUGAAUCAUGGUGUGAUCAUCACUUGGAGACUAAUGGGCUCAACGGGUCCGGAUUAGAUGCAGCGGACAAGCCUGGCAACAAUUGGGCGAUGCUUAGUGUAUGGAACUGUGGUGAUCUUUUCAAGUUGAGAGUUGGAAGAGCACCAAUGUCAUGCCACAUAUAUGCGAAAAGCUCGAGAGUGAUUGAUCGAUUCUUCCCGUUCUUGAAUGUACCUUCUGUACCUGAUGUUUUCAAUCCGUUCGGAUUCUACUUCAUGUACGGUCUGCGUUGCGAGGGGCCGGAUUCUGGUCCACUUAUGCGUACUUUGUGCCAAUAUGUACACAACAUGGCUGUUAGAAAUGAUUCAUGCAAGGUUAUAGUUACCGAAGUUGGAGAAUGGGACAGUACUCUGAGACUUCAUAUCCCGAACUCGAAACUAUUAUCAAGACCUGAUCAAGAUUUAUGGUGCAUAAAACCAUUGAAAACUGAUCAACAUAAUCUUGAUCAAGAAAAACAUACGGCUUUGUUCGACUUGACAGGAACCAAACCUCCAACGUCUUCGUUUUUCGUCGAUCCAAGAGAAGUAUGAAAGAAAACAUGUAUAGUUGUACACCAUUAUUAUAAGAUCGCCAAGAACACCUGAUCAUGUACUUGACAUUAUUAUUACCACAUUCAUCGUUUUCUUAAUGCCGUCCCGAAAGUACGUACACACACUCAUUAUCUUUUCUUUAAUAGUCAGACAAUGUGAAAGCUCGACACUUUGUUAGGUAUUUAUUAGAAGACAGUUUUCUAAGGCUCAUUAAGUUUUGAAGUCUUGAUCAAGAAAUUUGGAGAGACGUCGACAUCGAGUUCAUCAUUCCACCAAACUAGUAGUACCAAAUGUAUCCAUUCCAUUUCUGUAACUGUUACUUUGUAUUUACACACAGUAGUUUUGUUUUUGUGGUAUUAGUAAAUGGUGAUAAGUCUAAGUUUAGAUAAACAAUUAUAAGUUAGGUAAAUAUUCUUAUUAUACUAAAACAAGGAAUUGAAGCAAACUAUAUAUUGAAAACG